CCCUUAUCCACCUCCUGGCUCUCCUCAGCUCUCAGCUCCCUUCAAUGGUGCUCUGGUUUGUACGUUUUGCGAGCUGUAAGGUCUGCGCCAUGUUGUCGUGGGCGGCUCGGACCGUCUCGGGUGAUCUGGCCCGUCCUUGCACAGAUGCUCAGUCAGAUGGUCAUCCAGCGUGUGAGAAUUCGUCACGGAACGGCGCGUGCCCAGGUGAGGCCCUUCGGGCAGCCGCCGCUGUGCUGCUUCGUCUGCUCAAAGCAGGUCACCGAGCGCGACAUCCGCCUCAUGACGCUUGGCGUGCGCCAGUUCAGCUUGCUUGCGCCGGUGCUCGGCAUGGUGGACGCCUACUUUGGCGCGGUGAGACCAGCCGGAACAGGCACAGCCAUGAGGUUGCUGCUUGGCUUGUAUACGGUGACGACACUGCUGGGCAUGUGGUCAUUCAAUAACAUAUACGCGCUGUUCAGCCGCGCCGUGCGGUCGCGUGCCAGCUCGCUAAAAUCAGGGAAGUUGUGCGUCACUGCGCAGAUGGUCUCCGUCAAGCUAAUCGACAUGAUCCUGGGAGUCGCAUUGGACGGCGGCUACAGCGGCGGCAGCUGGGACAUGUCCAAGCAAGACCUCUCGGCAGUGAUCUCUGGCUGCUCGCUGUGUGGGGUGCAGCUGGCGCUGGCCCUCCUGGGGUGGCGGGCAUUCCCCGCCACGCGCAGGAUCCGCAGUCUGGCCGGUGUCGCCAGGAUGUACCCGAUCCCGGAUUUCGAGGACGGCCACCCGCCCGACCUGCUAGCGUCGAUGCAGUUGACAGGCGUGCGCCAGGGCACCUACAAGCUGCUGCACGAGCUGGAGACUGCCGCUGCGGCAGAUGGCUCCCCGGAGCACCUCGGGACAGCUUGAGGCUCUUGCACAGUAUCUCUCAGGCCACGGCCAUGGCCCGCGGCGACAACGACGAAGACCAGUGAAACCUCUUUGUGCUCGUCGCUGACCUGUCCUACAUGAUCCAGCCGUUUCCAGCGUUCCUUCUUGCAGGCUUUGGUUCGACGGCAGUCCGCUUCGGCGCGGCGGUGCUCGGCAGAAUUGGUAGGGCCCAUCGCUCGCCCGCGGAGUUCCACGGCCAGUUGAUGGUGGACCGGGGGAUCGGGCUCAGCCGCGUCUCGGCCAAGGAGUUGGUCGCCAGCGCUGUCGGAUUCGCGCUCCUGAGGAAAAGGUCCCCCUCCGCGGCCCCCGCGACAGGCAGCGAAGCCAGCCCCAGAAGGCCCCAG